AUGUCUACCACGCUCCUAGUAUUGGAAGCAGCCAGUUUACGAGUUAAGGAAGCCGAGAGCCUGUGUCCGCAGGUUAAGCGGCUUGUGGCGGAGGAAGUCGUGCCUCAGGUGCAAUUCUCUACGCCCCGGCCAACCAUUUCGGAAUUGUCAGGAACGCAGUCCGCAACAGUCAUCGCUCCUUCAGAGCUGCCGACUUCCCUCGACCUGGGAGAGCUGGAUCUGGGAGGCCUGGGAGAGUUGGGUGAUGUGGCGCUCGAUACCAGAGACCCGCCGUGGGUCGCUACACUGACGGAAAUAAUGUCCGACAUCGACUCAAUAUUAUCGGCAGUUGGAUUAGGAGGGCAAAGUGACACGGGGCAAAGUGACACGGGGCAAAACGAUACGGGACAAAGCACUACUGGCACUAGCACUGAAAACGGUUCCCGUCCCGCGAGUACAUUGGCUUCUCGGGGUGCGGAUGUGUUGUCUAGAAUGUUGGUUGCGAAAGAAAAAGUGGAAACUGUGGCCAGCGUGAUGGUUUUAUCAACCAAAGCUUUGGCAGGGGGACACACAGCGUACCGGGCAUUGCGUAGGUUGCACACGUUGCUUGGUAAUCCGUUCGGUGCUUACACUAUGAGAAAACUUCAGUUGGGAACCUUGCUUCAAUUCUUAAUUCGACGACAGGCCACGCCAGACCUGCUCCGGGGACUGGCUCUCUCGCUGGAGACCAAUCUCAGUCACUUACCCGCUGCGGUGCAGCUCGUGGAUCCCAGCACCGGGUCUUAUUACCACAUGGAUGUGUAA